ACACCUGAAUCUGUCCUUAUCGCGAUUCAAUCAAUGUGCGUACACGAGAGAGGGAGAGAGAGAAUGCAUGUUGAUCGAUGAGAAUGAUAGAUAGAUACAUAGAUAGAAGAUCCAAUUGAAGCGUGGAUCGAGUCGUUCCCCUGUCGGAGAAGAACUGUUACCCCUACGGAAUACAGAAGAUUUUCCCCCUCUAGCAACAUAGGACUCUGUUUGUCAUCGCGCGGAUCCCAGACUCUGGUGCGCGGAGCCUCGCCGUUACCGGCGGUGGUUCAGAAGCUUUCGUUGCCGGAACCGGCGGCGAAGGCAGCGCUACCAGAGCCUAAGGGGGAAGCGGAUAACAAGAAGAUGAAGAGUCUCUUCAAGUCUAAGCCUAAAACGCCGGCUGACCUGGUUCUGCAGGCCGGCGAUCUCCUCACCUACCUAGACCGGAGUUCUGGCACUCGCGAUUCCAAGCGCGAAGAGAAGAUGACGGAGUUAAGUAAGCUAAUUCGGGAGAUAAAGUCAACUCUUUAUGGAAAUAGUGAAGCUGAACCAGUAUCAGAAGCUUGUGCACAGUUGACCCAGGAGUUCUUUAGAGAGAAUAUGCUGCGCCUAUUAAUUGUGUGCCUUCCAAAGUUGAGCUUAGAGACCCGUAAAGAUGCCACUCAAGUUGUUGCCAACUUGCAAAGGCAACAAGUUCAGUCACGGCUGAUUUCUUGUGAUUACUUGGAAAAGAACUUAGAUCUACUUGAUAUUUUGGUGGCUGGUUACGAGAACCCAGAAAUGUCUUUACAUUAUGGUGCAAUGUUGAGAGAUUGCAUACGCCAUCAAAGUGUUGCAAGGUAUGUUUUGGAAUCGGAGCACAUGAAAAAGUUUUUCGAUUAUAUACAACUUCCAAAUUUUGAUAUUUCUGCAGAUGCUGCUGCAACUUUCAAGGAACUAUUAACAAGGCAUAAAUCAACUGUAGCUGAAUUUCUUUCCAAAAAUUAUGAUUGGUUUUUUGCAGAGUAUAACUCAAAACUGCUGGAAUCUCCAAAUUACAUUACCAGACGACAAGCUGUCAAGCUGUUAGGAGACAUGCUACUGGAUCGUUCAAAUUCUGCCGUGAUGACACGAUAUGUGAGCUCGAGGGAUAACUUGAGAAUUCUUAUGAAUCUUCUCAGAGAAUCAAGUAAGAGCAUUCAGAUAGAAGCAUUUCAUGUUUUUAAGUUAUUCGUUGCCAAUCAGCAGAAGCCGCCAGAUAUUAUUAGUAUUCUUGUUGCAAAUAGGAGCAAGCUUCUACGACUAUUUGCAGAUUUCAAGACAGAAAAAGAGGAUGAACAGUUUGAGGCAGACAAAGCACAGGUUGUUAGAGAGAUUGCAGCCCUUGAACAAGGAGACCGCCCAUGAUUGGCUUCGUCUUAGCGUAAUCUCUGUAAUUUGUCUUUUGCUUAAUUAAGUCGUGCAAAUUAAUAGCUUAUAUAUAAUUCAUGUCAGGAUUUUUUUUUUUAUUCUGAGAGAUGUCCAUUAAACAUUUUUUUCCUCUCUUUCCAUUUUUUUCUUUCCCCAUUUCCGGAGCACCUCUUAGCAACCUUAUGUAAUUUAAACAUGGAAACUUCUUGGGACAAGAAAUAAGAAAGAGACGAAGAUGAAGAGGACGAGGAACCUUUUGGCUGGUGGUGCUAGAUUUUUAUGAGAGGAUUGAUCACUGUGAAAUAAUUUGAUCACCUGAAUUUGUAGGGACUGUUAUCCUAGUAGUAGUUCAUACUUGACACUGAAGCCUGGUUUUGAACACUUCCUAUAGCUGCAUCAGUUUAUUCGUUUGUAUUUGUAUAAUAUUGAACUAAAGCGGUUUACUUCUCUAUCA